AAUGCUGGGCUUUAGGUUCUGGGUCACGUAGCCAUUUCCUGUCCUUGGAAGGCCCCCCUUAAGAGGAGAAGCUCCUUAGCAAGAGUUUGAUGUGCUGGACACUCUCGAGAUGGGGUGUCUUGCGCCCCCUGUUGGUAAACACCCCGGGAUCAUCUUCAGCAAAAGUGAACACAUCAUGCUGGAAUAAUGGAAGAAACGUUCCGAUUUCCACUUGGAGAGUGUAUGAAAGUCCAUUCAGAACACAGGAGUGGAUCCAGGCCCAAGCCCACACUGGACUUGUGUAAUUACUCCACGCCUCCAGGAUGACGAUCCAGUUCCGUUCACUCUUCCCCCUGGCCCUGCCUGGAGUGCUGGCGCUCCUCGGCUGGUGGUGGUUUUUCGCCCGUAAAAAAGAGCCCCUCGACAGCCACGAGAGAGCAGUGGAGGCGGGCGCGGUGGUGCUGCGAGCCGGCCCUGCUACCCAGGAGGCGCUCCCCGUGGAAGACGCGCGGCCUGCAGCAGCCAGCCCACUGCCCGAGAGGGAGCUGUGCGGCGGCGGCGGCAGGCCCUCGCUGGAGCCGCCGGCCCUGCUGCGAGCACACCCGGUCUGCCGGAGGUCCGAGUCCUCGGGCAGCCUUCCCAACCCCACUGACACGAGACUACGCCCGGGAGCGCGCAAGGAGGUGGAGCUCGCCCUCGCGGGCGACGAAGCCAAGUCUGUCCCUCUGGAGUGUCCCCUGCCAGCCCCCAAGGGCCUUCCGUUCCCCCACGAGGCGGUCGAGGUGUGUAAGCGAGAGGCCGUGCUGGGCCGGCCUGCAGGCCCCGGAGAGAAGGCCCGGGAGACGGGGGGCGCUGAAGGCACCGGGGACGCGGUGCUGGGAGAGAACGUGCUGGAGGAAGGGCCGGCGGCCUGGGAGCCGGCCCCCGAGUUAGAGUUACAGAGUGGCCGGGCGGCCGGAGCGGGAGAGAAGGGCCCGGGCCGCCCGCUGGACGACGACGUGGCGGAGGUGGCGCCCGAGGAGCCGCUGGCGCCCCGAGGCCGGGCGGCCGGAGCCUGGGAUGGAGUCUUUCCCCGGGAGCAGGGCGGGGAGGAGACCUGGGACAGAAGCGAGAAGAUCGAGCAGGCUGCCUUCCAGAUCAUCUCCAAAGUGAUCCUGGAGGCCACCGAGGAGGUGCUGGCCACCACCGUGGGCAGGAUCGCGGGCCGGGUGUAUCAGGCCUCAGCCGCCCAGCCCCAAGGGCCGAAGGAGGAGAGCUGUGCCUCCGCCAGCCAGAAAGCCCCCCUGGGCCUGGAGGCCUCCGAGCCCACCGUGGCUGCCGUGGAGGCGGCCGCGGCCCUGGGGGACACGGCCCUCCCCUCUGCAGAGCCACCGAUGGCAGACCAGCCAGCACCAAAGACCUACGUGAGCUGCCUGAGCAGCCCUCUGUCCAGCCCCACCAAGGACAGAAAGCCAAAGAACUCUGCACACCACAUCUCCUUGGCCCCCUGCCCGCCACUGGCCACCCCCCUGGGCGAGUUGCUGGAUGAGGCAGGCGGCCCGGGCGAAGAGGCCACCCUUGUCCCCUGCAUGUCUGACAGCGGCCAGGCUGUCCCCUCCGGGGCCGCCUCCGGGCAGCGCUCAGAUUCUGCCAGCACCUCAGGGCUUGAAGACUGUUGUACGGAGACCUCCUCCAGCCCCAGGGGCGAGGCUGCCACCCCACCGCUGCCCGAAAGUACUGUGCCUGUCAGCAACGGGGUGCUGAAGGGGGAGCUGUCGGACUUGGGGACUGAGGACGGAUGGACCAUGGAUGUGGAAGCAGACCAUUCGGGAGGUUCAGACGGGAACAGCAUGGACUCGGUGGACAGCUGCUGUGGCCUCAGGAAGCCUGACGGUUUCCAGAAUGCCCAGGCAGGCUCCAACCCCAAGAAGGUCGACCUGAUCAUCUGGGAGAUCGAGGUGCCAAAGCACCUGGUUGGUCGGCUGAUUGGCAAGCAGGGACGCUAUGUGAGUUUUCUCAAGCAGACAUCUGGUGCCAAGAUCUACAUCUCCACCCUGCCUUACACCCAGAACAUCCAGGUCUGCCACAUCGAAGGCUCUCAGCAGCACGUGGACAAGGCACUGAGCUUGAUUGGCAAGAAGUUCAAAGAACUGAACCUCACCAACAUUUAUGCCCCCCCGCUGCCUUCGCUGGCGCUGCCUUCUCUUCCAAUGACUUCCUGGCUCAUGCUCCCGGAUGGCGUCACUGUGGAGGUAAUCGUGGUCAACCAGGUCAACGCCGGGCACCUGUUUGUGCAGCAGCACACACACCCUACCUUCCAUGCGCUGCGUAGCCUGGACCAGCAGAUGUACCUCUGCUACUCUCAGCCUGGGAUCCCCACCUUGCCUACCCCGGUGGAGAUAACGGUCAUCUGCGCUGCCCCCGGCGCGGAUGGGGCCUGGUGGCGAGCCCAGGUGGUGGCCGCCUAUGAGGACACCAACGAGGUUGAGAUUCGCUACGUCGACUACGGCGGCUACAAGAGGGUGAAAGUCGACAUGCUGCGGCAGAUCCGGUCUGACUUUGUGACCCUGCCGUUCCAGGGGGCAGAGGUGCUUCUGGACAGCGUGAUGCCUCUGUCAGACGAUGACCACUUCUCGCCUGAGGCGGACGCGGCUAUGAGCGAGAUGACGGGGAACACAGCGCUGCUGGCUCAGGUGACGAGUUACAGCCCGACCGGCCUGCCUCUGAUUCAGCUGUGGAGCGUGGUUGGAGAUGAAGUGGUGUUGAUAAACCGGUCGCUGGUGGAGCGAGGACUUGCUCAGUGGGUGGACAGCUACUACUCGAGCCUCUGACCCACCCCACACUGCCUCUGGAGUCUGUUUUGCACUGUUGAAAUUGGGCUUGGCACUCAAGGAAGAGACUUUACAGCAGAAUUACAAACAUUUGUCCUCCCCAGAGAGUCCUUUCGUCCCGUACUGUGGUCAUGUUGAGCUGUUUCCGUCUCUGAGACGAGAGAAUUGUGGUUCUUUUCAAAGCCAUCAGAUGGCGAGUAACAAGCCUGUCGGCUUAACCUGGUUCCAAGCUGUUUAUGAAACAAAAAAAAAAAUGAAAGGAAAACUGUCUCAACUAGGUUGUCCGGCCCCCCCUCCCCCAUUCCCUUCCUGCCUCCAUCCUAUUUCCUCCCAAACCCAAACCCCUGUGAGCGGACAGGCCAAGGGAUGUGUUGCUUGCUUUUGGGGAAGGGAUUCUUUUACCUUCAAGUCUUUCUUCAGGGAGCAAGACAUGAACUGACUGAUGGGCAUCAAUUGCUUGUAUAGCUUACGAAUGAAUUUAUGAUUUAACCAUUUUUUAUGAACUCCAUCUAGGUCUCUAAGAAGACAGACUUUUUAAUGCACCUGUAAAUACAAAGCAAUCGUACCUCUGGCCUCAGUCAGUGAUAGAGGAGGGGGAUCUUAUCUUGCCAAGCCUGGUUGUAAUUUGUAACCAUUUUCUAUUUGUGCAAACUCUGUAAAUAUGUUUAAAAAAUGUAAUUAUUUUGUACAAGAUACACUGGAGAACAAAGGGAACUUGCAGUUUUUCCACAUCCCAUGUCAUCUGUGGCCGCUGCUUGUCCCAGCUCCCAUCGCCUCCUGCAUAGCCGGACAGGGUGAGCGUAUGGUAUAGGGUGUGACCCGGGGAUUUUUUUUUUUCUGUACAAAUUUAUUUAAAAAAAAAAAAAAAAACUCAUUGGAUUACCUUGCAGUGGUGUGUGUUGAUUCUUUUUUAGACUGAUUUCAUGCAGCAUUGUGCAAUUUAAGUAACUUAAACACACAAACAUAUAAAUCUCAAAUUUUAUACACUGUAGCUUCUGUUUUUUUCCCAUGGUGAACACAGUUGGGGAGUCGUGGGGUGGUUGUGAGUGUGGCGGGCUCUAGGGAACCACUUAAACUAGGAGACUCAUGGCUCUUUGAAGACAAUUUAGUCAAAAAUUUCCAUCUGGCUUUUUCCUCCCCUUUGCUCCACAAGGUGGCGGCCAGCCUUCCCUUGGCUUCCUCCUGUGAUAGUCUCAGACAGCCAGGCUUGAGGAGAGAGCACUGGUUGCCCAAAUUCUUUGUGCAUUUUAAUAAACCUGUGAAGUGAUUUAAGAGCAGAACCAAGUCUUGAUCUAAAGGCCUCUCCUCUUAAAGGUCGGCUCAGGGCCGUGAGCCCCGGCCUCUGGGCCUGCCCACCCCUCCAGGGUUUCUGGAGAGCUAAGAGAGCCCCAGGGCCCUUCACACAGAAGGUCUUCUCCCCAGGGCUGCAGCCUCUCACCCUGGCUUUGGGCACCGAGUGGAUAAAAUGCAGGCUUCAGUUUCCAUGAUCAGAUAAUGGUUGUGGUACUGGUGGCAUCCGGCUCAUUGUGACCCCAUGGACUGCAGCAUACCAGGCUUCCCUGUCUUCACUCUCUUGGAGUUUGCUCAAACUUGUGUCCGUUGAGUUGGUGAUGCCAUCCAACCAUCUCAUCCUCUGUUGUCCCCUUCUCCUCCUGCCCUCAGUCUUUCCCAGCAUCAGGGUUUUUCCUGUGAGUCAGCUUUUUGCAUCAGGUGGCCAAGGUAUUGGAGCUUCAGCAUCAGUCCUUCCAAUGAAUAUUCAGGGUUGAUUUCCUUUAGGAUGGGCUGGUUCGAUCUCCUUGCCAUCCAAGGGACUCUCAAGAGUCUUCUCCAGCAGCACAGUUCAGAAACAUCAAUUCUUUGGCAGUCAGCCUUCUUUAUGGUCCAACUCUUGUGUCUGUACACAACUACUGGAAAAACCAUAGCUUUGACGAUAUGCGCAUUUGUUGGCAAAGUGAUGUCUCUGCUUUUCAUGUACUCUGUCUAGGUUUGUUAUAGCUUUUCUUCCAAGCAGCAAGCGUCUUCUAAUUUCACGGCUGCAGUCACCAUCCUCAGUGAUUUUGGAGCCCAAGAAAAAUUCUGCCACUGUUUGGUAUCAGCCUCAUAAGGCAAUGAAAUGGAAAUAUCCCUGCUGGAAUGGAGCUUGGCCCUCAGCAAGCUCAGUCUGCCAAUAGCCCUCAGUUCCAGCCGUAAGUGGGUUGUGACUUUGGUCUAGUUGGGUUAUACGCGAGGCUAAGCUUUUUCUCUACAGUUUGCAUUGCUGGAGCGGGAAGUGGUGUGAGGCAGCCUUUAGGCUGGUCUGAAGAGGGCUCUCCCUGCUGGGGGUGGAGGCAUGGCUUCUCUCUGGGAAGCAGUGCGGGGUUUGUGACAGCCGGAGCCCGUGAUUCUGUGCAGGGCAGGGGGCAGGGGAGGUGACGGAGCGGAGGCCAAACCGGAGCGGCCCAGCCAAGACAGCUUCCUCGGGGAAGGCUCUGGCGCUGAGAAGUGAUGGGAUCAGGGCCGAGGGCCCAGGCUCACGGAGGGGAGGCGGUGCCUGGUGUCUCAGGGCUGGAGUAUUGGAGAAACGUAAGUUACUGAGGAGCCUAUAUGCUUUGGAUAAACGCUGUUCAGAUUGCCAUGGGCCUUGGAUUAAUUUCCAGAGUUCUAAAAAAGUUAAUUUUGACCAUUUUGCUGGUACUCGUGUUGCCUUUACUGAGGAGUGGAUUUCCAGGUUCAUGGAGGUCCUUACUCUGCCAGGCCAGAUGGCGUCCCUCUGGUUGGUGGUGUGUGCUUGGAAUUACCCGGGGCCAGCUUAAGUGUAAACUUGAACUCUUAAAUGGGAGAAGCUGGGGCUGGAGAGGACAGGGAUGAUCUCCCCAGGUGUGGGGGAGAGUGGAUGGCUGAGCGCAGGAGCCGGAGAGCUAGCCUGUUCUCACUGCAGCUGCUUGUGUGGGCUGUAGCCCCUCUGGUCCUCGGGGCCUCGUAGGCUGUCGGUGUCAGAGUUCUGGGGUUACUGCUGCACCACUGUAGGCUUCAGGUCAGGGUUGAGCUGGAGUUACGGAGAACUUACUGUCAGAUGCUGUGCUGCUUUACAGUAAUCCUUGGUCCUCAAAAGGCUCACUGGUAAAAAAUCUACCUGCCAAUGCAGGAGACCCAGGUUCCAUCCCUGUCUUGGAAAGAUUCCCUGGAGAGAAAAAAUGGCAACCCACUCCAGUGUUCUUACCUGGAGAAUCCCAUGGACAGAGGAGCCUGGUGGGCUACAGUCCACGGGGUCACAAAAAAGCUGGACAUGACUUUGCGACUAAACAACACUUGGUCCUCUUGACAACCUGUGGGGUGAGCCAGGGCCUGACCACAGAGAUAGACAGUGGGGACUGCGCUUUGCAGGUGGAGCAGAUUGAGGCUGAAAGCCAGGUUCUCAACCCCAACUCCUCUAUGGCAGUGUGAGAAGGAUCAUUCGUCCUCCUGUGUCCCCAGACACCACAGUGGCUCACUGACCUGCCUCUAGGAGAGUCAGAACUGAGAAUUGGAAAAACACAGAUGGGAGAGAUACAUCACUUUACCGCUUAGAAAAAUUAAAAUUUAUGUAAACAAACCCAGGAGAAACUCGUGGCACCUAGGCCAGACAGGAAACAUUUAAAAUCUGAUCUAAAAGGAAAACAGUCUCCGUGGGCGUCAAAGAAUGUGGACAGAAAAUUGAAAACCCAGACCCAUCUCUAGACCGGCUCUGUCCAGCGACAUGGAGUGUGAGACAUUUUAGUAUAGUUUGACAUUUUCUAGGGGUCUCAGUUAAAAGGAAAGAGCAGAUGAAAUUAAUAAGUUUAUUUAACCUAUUGCCACGUGUAAUGGGUGUUAGAAAUGCUGAGGUAUUUAGAUGUUUUUGUAUUAGGUCUUUGGGAUCCCAUGUGUGUGUGCACUCACAGCACCUCAGGUGCUCCGCAGUCAAGGGGGGCUGGCGGCUGCUGGUCUGGGCAGCUCAGGGCUGGACUGUUGCCUUCAUCACUAUCACUCCAGUAACGACAGCCUCAUGUGUAAACUCUUACUCAGAAAUUCUGGGUUCUUUGGUGCAUUUAUUUCUCCAGAUGAACUAGAAUGAUUUUUUGGGGGGGGAGGGGAUUGUGGAAAAUGUUCUGCCACACCUGAAAAUAAUGCAUUAUUGUUGAUUUGGUUUAAAAUUUUAUGUAAUUAUUAAAUUCAGCUUGUAAAUUAAAUCUGUUUUCCUUUUUUGCUGUCUGCCUCCACCCCCUCCCCCAGUUUUUUUCUUUUUUGCCUGUACUACCCAUUUCUAAGAGAAUUACAUUAAAGGAUUUUUGUAUGUA